AUGUCCCGCGCACUUGUGUCCCAAUUGAUCCCGCCGCUAACAGGGCAAUGGCACAAAGGACAACAAGGUCGUGUGGGCGUGCUUGGCGGCUCCUUUGAGUACACUGGGGCUCCGUUUUACGCUGGUGUAGCGAGUCUUAAAACGGGUGCAGAUUUGUGUCACAUCUUCUGUGUCCAGGAGGCUGCUGUUCCGAUUAAGAGCUACAGUCCGGAACUUAUUGUUCACCCACUCCUGCGUUCGGAUGCGUCGUUGGCAGAUUUGGAGGAGUCGCAGCGUGCUAGAGCCUUGUUGGAAGCGGUGGAGAGGAUUACGCAGGUAUUACCGAGACUAGACGCACUGGUGAUUGGACCUGGGCUUGGACGAGAUGCCAGUGUGCAAGAGAUUAUACGAAAAAUAAUUGAAAAGGCCAAGGAGGCCAAUUUGCCACUAAUUUUGGACGGCGACGCUCUCUAUUUCAUCAGUCUCGAGCCGGGCAUGGUGACUGGCUACAAGAACGCGAUUCUUACUCCAAAUGCGAUGGAGUACGCACGACUGUGUGCCACAACCCGACUGCUGCCGACCAUUGAUGUUGCUCAAGCUGUGAAAAUUCCACCGGCUCAGCUCAGUGAGGCUUUGGGUUUUGCGGUUAUUAUUCAGAAGGGCAGCGUGGACAGAUUGUCAGACGGCACAUUCACGCUGGAAAAUGACGAAUUUGGAUGCCCACGUCGUUGCGGUGGACAAGGAGAUGUUCUUUGUGGAUCCAUUGGCACGUUUGCGGCGUGGGCAAAGCAUGCUGUGCCAGAUGGUUUCGAAGGCAAUUCGCUCUUGCUAGCUGCAUAUGGAGGCUCUCUCGUGACAAGAGCUAGUGCAUCUCUUGCUUUUGUCAAGCACCAGCGCGCCAUGACGGCACCCGACGUUUUGCACAGCGUAGGCAAAGCAUUUGUUAAGGCGUUCCCCGACUCGUGA